AUGAAAAAGGGAUUAAUAGGUUUUAGAGUAUGCUUGUUGCAGGAAGAUACAUUUGAGCUCUUACCAGCCAGAAUAGUCAUCAGUGAUUAUCAGGCCAUUCAGUACAGAAGGAUCAGACUUAGUAGCAGGAGCAGGAAACUAACUGAAGAACAAUCACGUACUGUAUGGUUAGUAGUUUUCUUCCAUAUCAUGCAAGUAUUCAAAAAGUCUAUUCCCUUGAUUGGUAAGAUUGCACAUAUUGGCUUUGUCAUUUAGUCAUGGAGGAAGUCCACCACCUACUUGGGGAACAGAAAGAAAUCUACCAUCUCAACUUACUAGAAGUUGCUUGCAUAAAUAAUAAUCCUCUCUUCUAUAGAACAUCGUCUUUGGUCUCCUCUCUUUUUCAUCUAUGCAAUGGCUGGAGACAUAGUCUAUGCCGAUAUUAAAACUGUUAAGUCUUCUUUUGAACUUUCAUCUCCACUUCCAAGAUCUGUUUCUUUAAACUCUUCUACUGUCCGUCAGUCAUGUCCCUCUGAAGACUGGAAGCUGCAUGGGGAAAAAUGUUACUGGAUUGCUAAAACAAAGGAUUCUUGGAACAAAAGUCACAAGGACUGUGCCAUGAAAAAGUCACAUCUCAUGGUGAUUCAAGACUUUACUGAUUUGGUGAGAUUUUACACUUAG